AUGGAAGAAAAUUGGAACUAUAAAAUUGAUUUGAAUGAAAUUGAAGGAACUUUGUUUGGUAAUUUUGAAUUGGAAAUUAAUAACUUAUGUAAAGAUGUUCUUCUGGCUCUCGAACAAGGUUUUAUUAGUAACCCUAUUGACUACCAAGCAAAUUUGGCUCAAACCUACGACGAAGAAUUGAAGAAUCUUGUUGAAUGCAAUAAAUCUUUGAAGCAAAAAAUUGACAAUAAGAUCAAAACUCUAACACAACAACAGACGCAGUAUGAAACAUUCAAAAAAGAUCAAAAGCUUCUGACACAGGAAAUAAAAGAGACUCACGAGGCAUUUUUAAUGGCGAAAAAAUGCUAUAAGAAGAUUUUGAAAAUGUACUUUUCUAUCGAAAGUCGUAAAAAUGACAAUCAAGUUAUUUUUGUACAGUUUUUCACAGAAUCUAAGAAGGAUAGUGAAAAUUAUUCAGUUAGAUUAAUAAGAAAUAUUAAAAACGGAAAAUAUGAAUUGCAAAGUGUGAAUCCCAAAUUGAAAUGUUUCAAGGAACUACAGAAAGAAUUAUAUGAUACUAAUAAUGUACCUGGUAUAUUGUGCACUUUAAGACAAGCUUUCGUUGCAUUGAAGGAUAAAAAAGGCAGUAAUAAAAUUAAAACACAACUGGAAUAA